AUGCAACUGCCUAGUACGAUCUCGGGUAGGCGCCAAUCCUCGAACCUCGUAUUUACCACCCUCAUCUUCCACGAUUCCAAUCCUGUCGAGGUCAAAUCACCGACAGCAAACACAAUGCCCUCCUCGCUUCCAACGACCCUAUCAACCCUCCCAACGGAGCUCAUCCUCUUGAUAGCCGCGCACCUCACGGAGGAAAAAGACCUCAACGCACUCAUACAAACGAACUGCAAAUUUCACUCCUUCUUCAAUGACCGCCUGUACCAAACCAAUGCCGACCAGAACCACAGUAGCGGCCUCUUCUGGGCGGCUGCAAACAACCAGAAGCGCACGAUAGAGAAGUUUCUCGAACAUGGCGCCAAACUCUCACAAACAUCCCAGAAGCGCGCUGAAACGCCCUUCAUACUUGCCGCCGCCGCAGGGCAUCUCGCUCUCGUGAAAUGGCUGCUAACGCAACCGGGCGUUGAUGCGACAGUAGCAGACAAGCAAGGUCGGACGGCACUCAUGCACGCAUGCAGAAAUGGACACACGGAGGUCGUGCGCUUCCUCUUAACCCUGAAGAAUAUCAAUCCAGCACAAGCGGGUCCGUAUAGCGCGACGCCCCUCCGCCUCGCCGCGGACGGCGGACACGCCGAUAUAUUCCGACUACUCCUCGAAUCCAGCGGUGAAGUCGCCAUCGAGCCCGAACUCAACCUUAACACGCACAUGUGCGUUUAUCGCGCCGUCGCUAAGAACCACCGGUCCAUCCUAUCAAUCCUCAUCGAGGAGCACGGCUUGGAUCCGAACUUCGCGGACCCGGAGCGCAAGAUGUCGCUCAUGCACUACGCCGCCAUUAAUCGAUCAGAGGCCGUCGUCGAGUACUUGCUUUCCAUGGGCGCCCAUCCGGAUCCCGUUUCCACGAGUCCGUGUACGCCCUUCACUCACGCGGUACGGGGGCGAUUGCUGGGUGUGAUGAAAAUGCUUAUGGAUACGGGGAAAGUUAACCUAGAUUUAGCGGAGGGGUUCAAUCGCGCGACACCAUUGAUGAGCGCGGCGGCUAAUGGAUACGACGAGAUCGUGCGCGAUCUUAUCCAUCGUGGCGGGGUGGAUAUCAACAAGAAGGAUCUGCACGGGCAAACGCCGCUAUAUUGCGCUGCGAAACACGGCCGGACGUCUGUCGCCGAAUUUCUGCUCUCGCAAAAGGGCAUCCUCGCCGACUCUCCUGACUUCAAAGGCGAGCGACCCUUCAUGGCUGCGAUCCGCGCUCGGCAUGCCGAUGUCGUCGAGCUCUUCUUUAAACGCGAGGAUAUCGAGUGGGAUGUUCCCGAUCGGCACGGGCACACCCCGCUUCUUGUUGCGGCCUCAGUAAAUAAGGAGGCGAUUGUUGAGGGGCUCUUGGCGAAGGGGGCGCGGAUCGAUUGUAAGGAUGGGCAUGGGCGGACGCCAUUUGCGUGGGCGAAGUGGUGGCAGAACGAGAAGAUGGAGAGGAUAUUGGCGGAGUAUGCAGUUCGGCAAAGGUAUAGACGGCCGAUAGGGGUGAGAGAUCGAGUUAUGAUGAUUGAGGGGCAGGCGAUCUCGCCGAUGGUUGCGCUUGCGGAGGAGGUUAGGGAGCGGGGAAGGGUAGAGUGA